AUGAUUAAUAUUUUAAAGUAAUAUUCUAAAAUUUAUGCCUUCAUAUCCAUUAAGGAAAUGAAGAUGAGCAGAAAGCCUGUUGAAAUCCAGUAGACAGAUCUAGAGUGGAAAUUCAUUAAGGGUGGAGGUCCAGGAGGUUAAGCAAUAAAUAAAACUUCAAAUUGUGUGCAAUUGACUCACACUCCAACAGGAAUACAGAUUAAAUGUCAAAAAAGUAGGGACCUAGAAACAAAUAAGAAUUAUGCAAUAAAAGCAUUAAAAGAAAAAUUGGAUGAAUAAAUCAAUGGAACCAAUAGUUUGGCUAAUAUAAAAGCUUAGAAACUUCAGAAACAAAAAUAAAGAAGGCAGAGGAGAAGUAAUGAAAAAUAUGGGCAUAAUAAAUCAUAAGAGGAUGUAAAAUAAGAAAUUGAGAAUGAGUGA